UGUACCAACCUCAUCGCCAACAUGGCCGUGUUUAAAGACGCAGACCCCUUCUUCCUCUCUGAGCAGCUGGAGGUGCUGCAGUUUGAGAUGUACCACAUGGGGGACCUGAUCAUCCGCUGGGGGGGCUCAUGGGAGACUGCAUGUAUUUCAACAACAGUGGAGCCGUGGAGACUCUGAGCUCAGGUCCACUGAGUCUCACAAAGCUGGGUCCAAAGGGGACAACAAGGACAAAACUGGGUCCAAAGAGGACAAUAAGGACAAAACUGGGUCCAAAGUGGACAAUAAGGACAAAACUGGGUCCAAAGAGGACAAUAAGGACAAAGCUGGGUCCAAAGAGGACAAUAAGGACAAAGCUGGGUCCAAAGAGGACAAUAAGGACAAAACUGGAUCCAAAGAGGACAAUAAAGACAAAACUGGGUCCAAAGAGGACAAUAAGGACAAAGCUGGGUCCAAAGCGGACAAUAAGGACAAAGCUGGGUUCAAAGAGGACAAUAAGUACAAAGCUGGGUCCAAAGAGGACAAUAAGGACAAAGCUGGAUCCAAAGUGGGCAAUAGGGGACAAUAAGGACAAAGCUGGGUCCAAAGAGGACAAUAAGGACAAAACUGGGUCCAAAGAGGACAAUAAGGACAAAGCUGGGUCCAAAGAGGACAAUAAGGACAAAACUGGGUCCAAAGAGGACAAUAAGGACAAAACUGGAUCCAAAGUGAGCAAUAGGGGACAAUAAGGACAAAACUGGGUCCAAAGUGGACAAUAGGGGACAAUAAGGACAAAGCUGGGUCCAAAGUGGACAAUAGGGGACAAUAAGGACAAAGCUGGGUCCAAAGUGGACAAUAGGGGACAAUAAGGACAAAGCUGGGUCCAAAGGGGACAACAAGAACAACAAAGUCCAUCCAGUUAAAAAUGAUUUAAACAAGGAUAAAGACUACAAAUACCACGUGGUAAGUUUGUUUACUUCUAUUUCAAAUCAGUGGUUCUUAUGUACAGCAUAUGGGUUGAUUUGACCGAAUGCGAUUGGCUGGAAAUAUAUUUUAAAAAUGUUUCAAACGAUAGCAAAGUUGUACAUAACACUGAUGCAUUUCAUUAUGCUCCUCACCUUUGGUCAUUAUUUCACCUCACAAAAUAUAAUCUAGACUUAAUAUGACAAAACACACAAGCACGUGAUAAUGUAUGUUUGCACUCAGUGUGUGCGCUCACUUUUAAGAGUAUAUGUGUUUUCAGCUCAAAGGAAGGAAGGCAGGCUCGGCUCUAAUGACAGGAUCAGUCUCUGGGCUGCAGCCCAGCUAGCUUCGUCUGGCUCAAAGCACACUUGUGACAGAAACACUAAUUACACUGCACUGUUCCCUCACCAUUCAAAUGUCCCAGCACCGGUGUUAUUGAAGCUGUUGUGGGCUAUUUACUUUGCCAUACCAUAGUAAAGGAAAGUAAAGGAAACUUUAAACUCAUGGACAUAUAGCUGAAUAUGCUUAGAUAAAUUUAAACAAGGGUGUUUUGAUACUCUUAUUAUCCCAUUAGCGGCAUUUUAAAUACUAUUGAAUCAUGGUAUUUAUUUUCCCAAAAACAAACAGAUACCAAGCACCACUCAUGCAUGAAAAGUUAUUUGUGAAUGAAGAACAAAUCAUGUUUGGGUAUUAUAUUUGAGCGUUGUGUUUGUUUCAGCGGAAGGUCAUUUUCAGAACCGUGUCCAAUUACAUUUCUGUUGUUCAAACUGGAGUCGAUAUCCAUGUUUUAUGAAUAAAAGUGAAAAUGGUCUGCCUGUCUCCCUCUCAGCCAGCAUGUAACACUGAUAGGUGAAGUAUGUUGUUGUGCUGUUAUGAACACACCAUGACCAUGUCCACGUGAGGUUAUUGCUCAGACCCUGAGGUUUUCUCUCUCCGUCCUCACGGCUUCACUAAUUUUCUCUGCUGAACGAACAAGGAGAUUAAAGAGACCCUGG